UUUGAGAUGGUGGUGAUGGUGAGUGCUAGUGCUGACUGUUGUAUUGGCUCUGGGCACAGCAGCAAGCAAGCAAGCAACAAAAAUAUUACGAAUUGUUUGAGUGACUUUUUGGUUGGGCUGUUAUUAUUUGUGAAGUCAGUGUAAGUUUGACGCGCGUGCUGAACGUAUCACAAACAGAGAAGAGACGUGAAACACACACAUUUCGAGCAACACACAUAGCAUAGCAAAGUCAAAAUAUAAAUGUACGAAGAUACAAAGACGAAAAAAUAGGUGGAAAGUGUACGAAAAAAGAAAGCAAAGUAUUCAGCACCUAACGGUUUUCAAUUCUAAAUACGUUCAGUAAUAAUCUAUGGAAAAUAAAUAUUUAAACAAAUGAUAGAAAUUAUUAAUUUAAAAAAAAAAACAAAAAGCCGUCGGGUUUUGUGAAAAGACCAAAAACAUAAGAAAAGUUGAAAGAUUUUGAACAGAGAACUAGUGAAAUAUAAACAAAAAAACGAAACAAUAGUGAAGUUGAAACUACAAGUAUAUAAAGUGUAUAUAGGUCUAACAAAUACAUGCAUACAUGCAUAGGUACUCAUGUUAACCAACCGCUAGAGCCAUUAUAAAUAUGGACAACAAAAUGUUAUGAUAAUCAAUGGGAUAUUAUAAUAAAGCAAAAACAAAAAGCAUAAAAGACAGGCCAAUCACAUCACUCAGUGAACAUUGUAGUGAACCGGGAACGACAAUCAACAGUCAGAUCUUAAUUGGAUGGCCAAUGAACAACAACAAUAAGCAAAGCCGAUUAUUGAAGAAAACGUGAAGUGAAAGGAUAUUCUCGAUUUAUGAUCAAACAUAUACCUACCUUUGAAUUGAAAUACAACAAUAAUAUAGUACAAACAAAUUUUACUACAAAAUAGGUAUAAAAAAAACAAAACAAAUUUCCCUAAAAAUGCUAGAAAUCUUCAAAAAUUUUUAAAAAAAAAUAUUUUUUUUUAAUUUUUUUAUAAAAAAAAUUAACCCUUGAAAAUAUGCUGCUUUUUGGACCAUAACUGAAACUCUGUUAUAUCCCCCCCGUGUGUGUAUUUGUGUGAUAAUUCCUUAAACUCCCUUAUAUAUAAUUUGGGCAAUUAAUUUUGGCGUAAAUUGUUUGCAAUUUUUGUUGCCUCGCGAUUCGUAACAACCAAGUUCGCGAGACGUGUUCGAAAUCAUUUUUUGUCUAAAUGAAAAAUAUUUUCUCAACGGUUUUGUGUGAAAUGAGAAGUGAUUUCAAGGAAACCCAUCAAGAAACCAUUAAUAAGAUGAUACAAUUUGGCACUGUUAAAUAUGGAAUUGUUAAACAAUUAAAAGAUCGCGCUAAAAGUGCGGAAAAAGAUUCUUCCAGUGAUCAUGAGGAGAAUGGUUCCUGUUCACCUUUAGCUGCUGCUACGGCCAAUGAAGAGGAGAGUGCUGCAUGUGAACGCAAUACUGCGGCGAGCCCAGGCUCUGAGCAUCAACCCCACAACUCAACAGCUUCAUCACCCUCACCUGCAUUGCGAAAUCCUGAAAACUCUGACGACGAUAGUCAUCCCCUUAAUAACAACAACAAUAACAGUGUAGAACCUCACCAAAGUCUCUCCAAGUCUCAAGAGGACGAAGAAGAGCAGGAGGAUCAAACAACACCCAUGAAGACAUAUCCCAAGGAACAAGAGUUUCCCUCACCCACCCCGCCAGAUCUCAAUGAAAGUCAUGAGCCCUCGGGUAAAGCUCAGGAGACUACCGAGGAGGCGACAAACGUUCGCGAAGAUGAAAGCUCCGAGGAGCACAACAAAGAUCAAUCCCUUACCAAUGAGAGCGUAAGUCUAAACGCCACUUGUGAAAAGCUUGAGGAUAAUGAUAACCAAAAACUGAUGGACUAUGAAGAAACGCCCGAGCAGAGCAGCGAUAAAUCUCUCAACAACAAGGAGACCGAAAUGGAUAGCAGCAUUCCUACGACUCCUUCUCUAACCGCCUCCUUGGCUGCUGCCAAUCAAUUUCCCACGGCUCCAGUGAAUAUCGAGGCCAUUAAAAAUAUGCAAUUGGCCAUAGCCCAAGCGGCCGCUAAAACCAUAGCCAAUAAUGCCUCGGGUCAGGAUAAUGAGGCAGCCAUGAAGCAGCUGGCCUUUUUGCAGCAGACUCUCUUCAAUCUGCAGCAACAGCAGCUAUUCCAAAUUCAGUUAAUCCAACAGCUGCAAUCACAAUUGGCCAUGAAUCAAUCGCACAAGGAACCGGUCGAGGAGGAGGAAGAGGACGAGGAAGGCGAAAAUGGUGAAGAGGACACCUAUGAGGAGGAGGAGCGCAUAGCCCAAAUGGAGCUGAGGCAAAAGGCAGAAGCCCGCAUGGCCGAGGACAAGGCCCGCCAACAUUUAAUUAACGCCGGCGUUCCUCUGGAGUCGCUUAAACGCAAACGCGAUGCCGAGGAAGAACAAAAUGUGCCGCGUCGCCCUAGCAUAGAGACUUCUCAUGCGAGUUCGGGUUAUGCCUUGGAUAAGCUGAAGGAGAUGGAAAAUCGACCCCUGCCUUUUGGCUCCAAUUUGGCCUCAUCGAUUAUCACCCAUCACGAUGAUAUGCCCGAGCCAAAUUCUUUGGAUCUUUUACAAAAGCGGGCCCAGGAGGUACUGGACUCUGCAUCUCAGGGUAUUUUGGCCAACAACAUGGCCGAUGAGUUUGCCUUCAAGGAGAACAAUGGCAAGGCAGGCAAUGAGCCCUUCUUCAAACAUCGUUGCCGUUAUUGCGGUAAAGUUUUUGGUUCCGAUUCGGCUCUGCAAAUCCACAUCAGAUCUCAUACGGGCGAAAGACCUUUCAAAUGCAAUGUCUGCGGCAGUAGAUUUACCACGAAAGGCAACCUGAAGGUGCACUUUCAACGCCACGCCCACAAGUUUCCUCAUGUACCCAUGAAUGCUACUCCCAUUCCCGAGCACUUGGAUAAAUUCCAUCCCCCACUAUUGGAUCAAAUGUCUCCGGACAGUUCACCCUCCCAUUCGCCCGCUGCAAUGCCGCAACAAAUGCCCACAGCAACGCCGGCGGCUGCCUCUCAAGCUAUGCCUCCACAAAUGCCAGCUUUGAAUUUCCCUAGUCCCUCAAAUCCCUUCCCAGCUUUAACGGGCCUGUACAGACCCCCCUUGGAUAUUCUAAAGUCGUUGCAAAACACCGCCGGUAGUUUUAGCAACCCUUUUUUCCCACAAGUUGCCAGCAAUUUGGGAGAAGCAGCCGCCCAGGCCCAACAAGCUGCUCAAGCUGUUUUGAACAAAGCCAAUCAAGAUGCUCCCACAGAUCUUAGCAAAAGCUCAGAGCCAAAUUCUCCAGAAAAUCCACAAAUCAAAUCGGAGUUGCCCGAGGAACCCGAGGAAGUUAUGAUGCCAAAAGAAGCCACAAAAGAAUCUGAAGCGCCAACCGGGGAGUCCUCGAAGCCGGGGUCACCCAUGGCUGUCACCAUCAAAGAGGAAAAGCUGGACAACUAUAUGGCCCAGGAGGAGGAACAACGCUCGUAUGAAAAUCACCUGGCAGCCUCGCAGUCGCCACCAAUCGCUAGACCCCAAGUACCUAAUACCCCCUCUCCACCUCCACCUAGCACCAACAAGCCUCUGCCACAUUUACCACCUGUAGUUCAACCGGUACAACCUCCGUCUGUCAUGUAUCCCCAGCCCUCUCCGGGCUCCCAACAUCAUUUGGAUCAUUUGCCCACACCUGGGCAAUUGCCACCAUCUAUGCAUCACCGCGAGGAUUUCUUUGCGGAACGUUUCCCUCUGAACUUUACCAAGACUGAAGAAAGACAUUCGCCCAUACGUUCGCCAGCCCACUUACCACGACCCCCCUUCUGCAACCCCAUGAAGCCCUAUGAUAUGGCUUUGCUACCUCGGCCCCACAGCAACGAUAACUCGUGGGAGAAUUUCAUAGAAAUCUCCAACUCCUCAGAGACCAUGAAGCUAAAGGAGCUGAUGAAGAACAAAAAGAUCACCGAUCCCAAUCAAUGUGUGGUUUGCGAUCGCGUACUGUCUUGCAAGAGUGCUUUGCAAAUGCACUAUCGCACCCAUACCGGGGAGAGGCCCUUCAAGUGCCGCAUUUGUGGUCGGGCCUUCACCACCAAAGGCAACUUAAAGACCCACAUGGCUGUGCACAAAAUCCGCCCUCCCAUGCGCAACUUCCACCAAUGUCCGGUGUGCCACAAGAAGUACUCGAAUGCUUUGGUCUUGCAGCAGCACAUACGGCUGCAUACGGGCGAGCCCACCGAUCUGACGCCCGAGCAAAUUCAAGCGGCCGAGAUAAGAGAUCCCCCCCCAUCCAUGAUGCCGGGAGCCUUUAUGAAUCCCUUUGCGGCAGCAGCUUUUCAUUUUGGCAUGCCUGGAGGUCCCGGUAUGCCUCCUAUGGGAGGUCCACACAAUGGCACCUUGGGUUCGGAGUCAUCGCAAGGUGAUAUGGAGGAUCAAAUGGAUUGUGGGGAUGAUUACGACGACGAUAUGUCUUCGGAGCACAUGUCCAACUCCAAUGACAUGGAAUCGGAUAGACCCAAGUCCACGGAAGAUUUCAAAGCUUUACUUUUCGAGCAGAAACUAAGAAUCGAUCCAAGUGGAAUGAUUAAUGCCAACAAUUCCAGGCCACAAUCGAAUACAUCAAACCCCAAUUCGGUUAGUUCAGCUCCUACCAGUCCGAUAAAUAGCAAAACCUUGGAUGUGACGCGUUCCAGCUCACCAAUAAGACCUCCCUCGGAGGCCUCCCAUGGAGCUUUGGAUCUGACGCCUCGGGCAGCCCCCUCCACGUUAGCUUCGUCCAAUAGCAGUACAAGUGUGCGCUCCCCCCAACCUAUGAAUGCCUCAAUGAAACGUUCAAUAUCUCCCAUGAGCAAAUCACCGAAAAUACCAGAAAUCAAUCCCGCCGCCACCGCCACCAACUUGCCACCCACCAGCGCUGUGGAUUGUUUGCCACCAGGUCUACAUCAUCAUUUGCAGCAACAACAUCAGCAUUUGAUGCAACAACAAGCUGCCUUGGCUGCGGCACAACACCACCAACAAAUGCAACAUAAUGCCGUAGUGGCCAUGCAUCAGGAGCAAUUGCGGCGUGAGGUGGCCCAAGCGCAAGCACAGGCGCAUGCGCAAGCGCAACACCAUCACCAUCAACAACAGCAGCAGCAACAACAAGCAUCGGCUCUUUCACCCAAUGCCACAGCGUCAGCACAAUCGCCCUCCUCCUCGUCGGCAGCGUCUGGUGUGGGUAUGCCAACAUCAUCGCCACAGCUGACACAUCCCCAAGUACCACCAAAUCCAUUGGUAGGCCCCCGGCCACCAUUUGGCAUGUUUCCAAAUCUCCCGCUGUUCCCACCGGCUUCCACGCAAAACAUGUGCACCGCAAUGAAUACCAUAGCGCAGAGUGUGAUGCCGGCGGCACCAUUUAAUCCUUUAGCUCUAUCGGGAGUCAGAGGCAGCACUACCUGCGGCAUUUGUUUCAAAACAUUCCCCUGCCAUUCGGCUUUGGAGAUUCACUAUAGAAGUCAUACGAAAGAGAGACCCUUCAAGUGUACUAUAUGCGAUCGUGGUUUUACAACAAAGGGCAAUCUUAAGCAACAUAUGCUAACCCACAAAAUUCGUGAUAUGGAACAAGAAACUUUCCGGAAUAGAGCAGUCAAGUAUAUGAGUGGUGUCAAAGAAGAUUGAAUUCAAUUCCCAGAACCACAUACUGCUCCAAGGUUCUAAUCAUCCGCAACAGAUGGAAAAGAACCUGACAAUGCCCAGUUAUAAAUUCCUGGAUUUCAGGGUUAGAUAGAUUAAAGCUAUUGUUGUCUUAAACAAGUAGAACUUACAUUUAUUUACAGAGCAUUUCGAAAGAAAUGGCACAGAAGUAUAUUGCCUUCAAAGAGGAAAUAAGGGAAAGUGAAUGAUGUUAUUUAUGCUCCCUACUCUUUUGAGACCAUAGCUUCAUAGCUCUCACUCUCUGUAAAUCGCCAAGACACUAAUGUAUGUAAAUUUACACUCAAAAAAAAAAGAAACUCUUUCAAAAAAAAAGCCAACUCGCAAAGCAAUGAUCUCACUCAGCUAUAGACAAAACGUAUGACAAAGGAGCACCUACUCAAAGCGACACCCUGCCCGAGACUAUGGGGAAUUGUUUUGGGGUAGCACAGUGUGCUAACUCCAAGAUUUGCAUAAGGCAUUUAUGGGUUUUGGGUUAGGUUAGACCAUCCCUGGCCUGGCUUUGGCAUUUGGUGUUGUUGCUGCUGUUGUUGUUGUUAGCUUCACACUGUGGCAAUAUGGUUGACCAUAUUGUUCACUGUUAGAUGAAAGCAAAUGAAUUAUUAUGAAAUGAAAAGCAACAACAAUAGUGUAUGGAAAUACACAUUGCCAUAGCCAUAGCCACACAUAAAUGCCAAAGCAACGUUUUGUAAAACAAAAUUAUUAUUCUUUAUGGCUAAACAAAACAAAACAAAAAGGCAUAAAAAUCAACUAAUUUUUAUUGAAACAAAUCCAAAGAUUUUUAUUUAGAGAAAAAAAAAUACAACAACAACAA